UUCUUGUCUGCCAAUUUCAGGUACCCAGAUGACAAGUUUGAUAGAAUUUGGGAGCCUAUAAAAUCAGAUGAAAGCCCCACAGUCAAUGCAAAUAUUUCCAUCAACAAUGCCAACACAACAGUGCCUCCUAGAGUUCUACAAACAGCUGUAACCCAUCCAGACCGACUGGAGUUCCUCCAAAGCGGCCUUGACGAAGGAGCUCAUAGUAACUACUCUGUGAUCCUCUACUUUGUAGAGCUCAAUGACUCUGUCAAGACUGGCCAAAGGGUGUUCGAUAUUUACAUCAACGAUGAGAAGAAACAGGUGGAUUUUGACAUUUUGGCAAAUGGAGCAAAUUACAGAGAAGUUGGUUCCUAUGUUAGGGCAAAUGGGUCUGUCAAUGUGACCUUGAAUAAGGUCCCAAAUGGGUUUGAGUUUGGACCCAUUUGCAGUGCCUAUGAGAUCUUCAAAGUACAAUCAUGGAUUCAACUCACUGACCAAAAUGACGUGAAUGUGAUAGGACAGGUAAAGGAGGAAUUGCUGGAGGAUAACAAAGGAAAUGUAGUACUGGAGAGUUGGUCCGGAGAUCCAUGCAUUCCUGAUCCAUGGGAAGGUUUGCUUUGCCACCUUGGUGGUGAUUCCUCUGUCAUCAUUGGCCUGAAUCUAUCAUCUAGACAACUUACUGGGUCACUUCCGCACAACAUCACUCGUUUGGCAUACCUAGAGUACCUAAACCUUAGCAACAAUGACUUCUCAGGUGGGAUCCCGGAGUUUCCGACAUCCUCCAUGUUGGUAUCAAUGGAUUUAAGCCACAAUGAUCUUACAGGUUCCAUUCCAGAAUCUCUUGCAAGCCUUCCAAGUCUUAAAACAUUAUAUUAUGGGUGCAAUCCAUGGUUGGAGAAAGAGCUUCCUCCUAGCUUUAACAGCUUGGGGCUUACAACAGACAAGGGUGAAUGCGAUAAUCCCGAAUCAACAAAUUUAACACACAGAAUUGUCAUAGGCAGUGUUGCAUGUGGAUCCUUUCUAGUCACUGUUGCAGUUGGAGUCAUGUUUGUUUGCUUUUACAGACAUAGAUUCGCCCAAAGUAGAUUUGAUGGGAAGCCACAUCUAAUAACAGAAAAUUUGGUAUUCUCACUACCUAGUACGGAUGAUGUUAUCAUGAAGUCUAUAUCUAUACAAGUAUUUACUCUACAAUCCAUAGAAAUUGCCACACAAAAAUACAAAACACUUAUUGGGGAAGGAGGAUUUGGACCUGUCUUCCGUGGGACGCUACCCGAUGGAGAGGAAGUGGCAGCUAAGGUUCGAUCAGCCACCUCCACUCAAGGAACUAAGGAGUUCGAAAAUGAGCUAAACCUUCUUUCAGCCAUCCAACAUCAGAACCUGGUGCCUCUUCUUGGUUAUUGCUGCGAAAAUGACCAACAAAUUCUUGUGUAUCCUUUCAUGUCCAAUGGAUCGUUACAAGAUCGUCUCUACGGUGAAGCUUCAAAAAGAAAAACUCUGGACUGGGCAACCAGACUUUCCAUUGCUCUUGGUUCCGCUCGAGGUUUGGAGUAUCUCCAUACAUUUGCUGGCCGCUGUGUUAUACAUCGAGAUGUAAAGUCGAGCAACAUUCUCCUGGAUCAUAGCAUGUGCGCAAAGGUUGCAGAUUUCGGCUUCUCAAAGUACGCAACCCAAGAAGGAGAUUGCGGUGUUUCUCUUGAAGUAAGAGGAACCGCUGGAUACUUGGAUCCAGAGUAUUACUCCACUCAGCAUUUAUCUGCCAAAAGUGACGUCUUUAGCUUCGGUGUAGUUCUACUAGAAAUCAUUAGUGGCAGGGAGCCUCUAGAUGUACACAGGCCGCGCAAUGAAUGGAGCUUGGUUGAAUGGGCCAAGCCCUAUAUCAGAGAGUCAAAGAUUGAUGAAAUCGUAGAUCCAAACAUCAAGGGAGGCUACCAUGCAGAGGCAUUGUGGCGAGUUGUGGAGGUGGCGUUGGCAUGUAUCCAGCCCUUCUCUGCUUAUCGGCCUUGCAUGGCUGACAUAGUUCGCGAGCUGGAGGAUGCUUUGAUAAUAGAAAACAAUGCAUCAGAAUAUAUGAAGUCGAUAGACAGCAUCGGUGGAUAUAGCCUGGGAGGGUCAUACCGGUAUUCGAUACCUAACAAUAUGGAUAAAAAGAUUGUGUUACCAUUAACACCGAGUACAUCAGAGCCUUCGCCUGUUAACCUGCAAGCCUUGUCUCCACUAGAACCAAGAUAAGAUCAAUUGUCUUAUCAUCCAUCAAUCAUCAUCAUACAAUGUGCCAUCAGAGAGAAUGAGAAGAAAUCCAGAGCUCCUUUUUUGAUGAGACUUCGAAUCUCCUUGCCUAUUAUUCUAUUUCUGGAUUAAGGAAUCUAUAUUUUGCAACAGAACUUUGAAUGACUAUGGCGUGGAUUUCAUGUUUCUUUCCCUAUGUUCUCCAGGUCUAGUUUGCCUUUCCAAGACCCAAUGACUAACCAAUGUGUGUUAAAAGAGUCACAAACGGUGUAAAUCUACAAGUGCCAAAAAGAAAGGCAGUUUUAUG